GUUCACGCGACGACACCUAGAGCAUGUGACCUGAAAAAUUACGCUGGAUCAAUUAAAUAUAGACAAACAAUAUUUUCAAAGUUUCCUACCAAUUAAUCCGAGUGUUUUUAAAACAAGAGUGAAUUAUAGGCAUCUUCUAGGCAAAGCCCUUCAUCUUAGACCACAUCAUCGCUUUCCAUUAGGUGUGAUUGUGGUCAAGCGUGUGCCUAAAGUGAAUAAAGAAAAAGUAUGGAUGGAAAACGGUCAAGAAGGAACAUUCUGUCAAUUUCGGUGUUGUUGUAUUUAUUCUGUGCGUCCGUGAGCGCUUGCUUCAGCUGCGGGUGGGAGACUCUGUUCGAGGAUUUGCUGUCGGAUUUGUGCCCCCUCUUCUCGACCACAACCCAAACUAUUAAUGAACUGUUCCUCUCUUCUGAAGAAGACGACCCGUUGAUCACAAAAAAUCUGGUUGCCGAGAGCUUCCGAUGUGGCCGCGAGCUGGCGCGCGAGGCCAGGCAGCGCGCCAACAAGCUCGUCCGCAACGGCGUCAGCUUGGAGGCCUGCUCGCCCACCAUGCUGCACUUCUUCACGUCCAAACUACCCAGCGAGGUUAAGAAGGCUUCUGAACUGUCCAACGAACUUCUGUCGGCGACUAAGAUCCUGCAGAUGAAGGUGUGCUCGAACUCCGACGUGACCCCAAACACGUUCCUCGCAUUCCUGGAGAACAACCCGGUGCGCCCUCACGACAUCUCCUGCAAGCCGGUCUCCGUGUCCUGCCUCGGCAGCAACAAGUACCGCAGCUUCGACGGCGCCUGCAACAACCUGCAGCGCCCCGCGUGGGGCAGACGCGGCGCGCCCUUCACGAGGAUCACUUCGCCGAGAUAUGCUGACGGUAUCUACGCGAUGCCAGUAGGUCGCAGCGGACGCGCGCUGCCCAACCCGCGCGCGCUGUCGAGCCGCGUGUUCGCCGAGCAGCCGCGCGCCGGCGCCAGCCGUGUGCUGACGGCGCUCAACAUGCAGUGGGGGCAGAUCGUCACGCACGACAUGGUGUUCCAUGUUAUGGAAUCCACUGACGAGGGCGCCAUACAAUGCUGCCUGGGUGAGGGGCAGGACGUGCUGCCGCAGUCCAUGCUCAACGACAAGUGCAUCCCGAUCUGCGUCGCCGAGGACGACCCGUUCUACCGGCAGCACGGCGUCAGGUGUCUCAACUUCGUGAGGAGCGUCACCGCGCCGCGGGAUGACUGCAGCUUGGGGCAUGCUGAGCAGAUGAAUACAGUGUCAAGUUUUCUCGAUGGAUCAAUACUUUACGGCUCCGAUCCGAAACUCGCGUCGAAGCUUCGGAGCAAAUGUGGUGGCAGGUUGAAGGAAGAGACCAGGAGACACUGCAAAGGAGGUUUCCUGCCUUCGGUUGAUGAUAAGUUGGCUGUUUGCGAUCUGAGGAAUUUGUCGGAGCCGUGUUAUUUAGCUGGUGAUACCAGAAUCAACCAGACGCCGACGCUGGCCGCGCUGCACACGCUGCUGCUGCGGGAGCACAACCGCGUGGCGGACGUGCUCGCCGACCUCAACCCGCUGUGGAGCGACGAGAAGCUGUUCCAGGAGGCCAGGCGGGUCGUCGUCGCGGAGAUCCAGCACAUCACUUACCAGGAGUGGCUGCCGUUGAACUUCGGUGAAAGCUACCUCCGCUACUACCGCAUCUCCCCGUCAUCGCUGUACAGCCGCGACUACAACGACGAAGUGAACCCGGGAGUCAUCAACAGCUUCGGCGCGGCCGCCUUCCGCUUCCUGCACACCGUCGUACCGGACACCAUCAUGCUGUGUCCCGCGAGUUGCCAGGCUGCCUACUUGCACAAGUUGAGCGACCACUAUUUCAACCCGAGUCUGAUGGAAGCCACUCCAGAGUCGUUCGACGACCUCAUCCGCGGAAUCAUCACCCAUCGGUCAGCCGAAGUGGACCCGCACUGCACCGCCGAGAUCACCAACUUGCUGUUCAAGUCUCGCAACAAGUGGGGGUUGGACCUCAUCGCUAUGGACAUCCAGAGAGGGAGGGACCAUGGCAUUGCUUCUUACAACGACUACAGGGAAAUCUGUGGUUUACAAAGGGCAACAACUUUUCAGGAUCUUGCUAGUGAAAUAUCUCAAGAUCGCAUAGCCGCUCUAGGCCAGCUGUACGAGUCGGUGGACGACAUCGACCUGUUCGUGGGCGGCGCGCUGGAGCGCCCAGUGCCGGGUUCGAUCCUGGGCCACACCUUCCAGUGCAUCGUGGCCGAGCAGUUCUACCGCACGCGCGUCGGCGACCGCUUCUUCUAUGAUAACAGCGAGAUGGCGCACUCUUUUACACCCGAUCAACUGAAGGAGCUAAAGAAGGCGUCGAUGGCGCGCCUCAUCUGCGACAACACGGGUGUCAAGCACGUGCAGCGGCGAGCCUUCGAGGUGGAGAGUGGUCACAACCCCAAGUACAGCUGCGACGACUACCACGCCAUCCCCUGCGUCGACCUCACCGCGUGGAAGCGGCCCAAGUUCGAGCUGUACGACUGAUAGCCGCGAGUCUGCAGAUGCUCAGGAACGCGUGGAGUCUUAAGAAGAAUCCGGAACAUCACGAUCUUUUUUUCCGCUCGUAAAAAUGCUGUUACACAUCCCGCGCAAAAGCGGGUAUGUGGCAUACCAUCUACAGCAUAUCCAUUAUCCAUCUAAGAAACCCAGCGGUACCGUCCGCGGCAGGUAUGAGGAGUCUCAGGAUCCCGGGUAUCCUAUACGACUGAGACAAACCGACGUUGAACCGGCACUGGAAUAUCACGACCUAGUUCCUCCUUCCCCAUUCUACCACAGAACAGCGAGAAACCGUAAACGUUGGCAUCCUUAUGUGGUCGACAUUCAGUGUCGGAUGAAACGUUUUGCUCAACGUUUAUAAUAAAUUACCAACCACUGAGGUGCAGGUCGUAUCAGAAAUGUCCCUGCUCCGCCCACGUCCAAGAAUCGGUGAGAGUUUGAGAUUGCAAUGUGUCCUAUAAAAAGUCAAGUAUAACGGAGCUAGUCUCCAGGUGGUGCACUUCAAUCGUGACAUAUUUGUGUGUAACUAUAGCUGUUUUAUUCAAUCUCUACAAGAUCAAUGGUUGUUUUUUGUAUAUGAUAAUGAUAGACAGUAAAUUUUUCAAGUAAUUUAUUGAAUAAUUUUGUAAAUAACAAUAAAUUGUAUACUUUUU